AUGAGUGUGUCACUUUUCCAAACAGCCUCCCCCCUCUUCGUCAUCUGCGCGGCCUCAGUUCCCCUGUUGGUCUUCUUUCUCUAUUCUAGGUUGAAAUACUACCGCUUCCAUCAGUUUUCCCACUUCCCUCAGGCCCCGCCCGACCUCUUCUUCGGCCACCUCAAGAUAGUCAAUGAGACCAUCGCCGAGGAACCCGGUAGACAUCAUGCCCUCUUCGACCUCCGCCCCAUCCAAUAUCCGUUAAUUCUCAUCGGCUCCCACGAGAUUGCUGAACAGAUCUCCAAAGCAAGCGCCGUGUUUAAAUAUAGCGUUCCCAAAUCUCCUACUGCGGGCAUGCUGAUACCCGUCGUGGGAAAGAAAUCUAUCAUUCUCACAAAUGAUGAAACAUGGAAGCAUGGUCGCAAGAAAUUCAAUGCCGCCUUUGCCUCCAGCAACCUGGUAACCUUCUUGCCAAAGAUACUUGACAAAACCAUGGAGUUCCUUGCUUUGCUGGAUGGAUAUGUAGAAUCAGGGGAAGAGUUUUGCUUGGCGGAACCAUGUGUCCAGGUUACUUUUGAUAUAAUUGGUCUCGCGGUUCUCAACAUCGAUUUCAAGAGCAUGCAAGGCCAGGAUAAAGUGAGCGUUAUUGUUCGAACCUUCCGUUCGCUUCUAAGCACUUUUCCUACUACGUUCGCUUUUGAUAGUUGGUUCACCAAUCCAAAAGGCCACUACCGCCGCAUUGCGCUAGUGAAAACACUCACGGCCUCCCUCACGCCCAUCGUAAAGGAGAAGUUUGAUAUGGCGCACAACAACAUACGGCUCGACAAUAAAGUUGUCGAUCGCAGCGUCAUGGCCAUGGGGUUGAGGCAAGUACAUACUCUCACCCCACAAGUUUUAGAGGAAUGUGUUGAUGCUGUUAAAUCUUUCCUCUUCGCUGGACACGAUACUACUGCUGUCGUACUGCAAUGGUCAAUCUAUGAACUCUCUCGGACGCCACGCGCUCUCGCGGCGAUGCGCAAGGAGCUAGAUGAGGUUUUCGGCCCGGAUGCGGACCCCAAAUCUGUCGCAAACCAGUUACUGGAGGAUAGCAAUAAGCUCCAAAAUCUCCAGUACACAUCCGCUGUAAUCAAGGAGUCGCUGCGUCUGUAUCCACCUGCUGGCUCAGCCCGCAUGGUAGCCCCGGGAAGCGACUUCAGACUUAAUACCAAGGAUGGGCCCUUGGAUGUCGGAGGCAUGAUUCUCUAUGUUUGCCAUUAUGCAGUACAUCGGGAUCCCACGGUAUACGGUGAGACGGCCGACGUUUGGAUACCUGAACGGUGGCUAGGCCAAACGAGCACUACAUCAGAAGACAAUGCACCAAGCUCAGUUGAUAAGGACAAGAACUCAUCAACAGCCGGGGCAGAGGGUCAAAAGAUUCCCAUAUCGGCGUGGAGGGCGUUUGAACGCGGCCCGCGCAACUGUAUUGGGCAGGAACUGGCUAAUCUGGAGGCCAGAGCCAUUCUCGCGAUGGUGGUGAGGCGGUAUGAGUUUACCAAGGUAGGGAUUGGGUCGUUGGCCUUGAAAGAUGGCAAACCUGUGCUGGAUCAACACGGACAGUUUGAGGUAACGAAACCGCUGUUUGGGACCUUUAAUGUUACCAUGAAGCCGGUUGAUGGAACCUUGAUGACAAUUAAAUACGCAUAA